UCUAGAACUAGUUCACCUGUCAGCCCGCCGCUUAAUAUCCUAAUGACUUUAGUUAGACGAGCUUAAACUUUUCUUCGUUUUGUUUUUAGUCCCAUACCUUUUAUCGACUGUUCAACGCGGAACGGCACUAGUAACCCACGCCGUAAAAAAUGAUUAUGGAACCUUUAGCGAAACGGUAUCUAUUUUCAUGGCUGUUUGUGGCUUUAAGUCUUCAGGUGUCGAGUUUACAUUUUGCAGUAGCGACUUACUACACAGCCUACCUGAACGUGUCGUUUAUUGAUCCUGCAAACAACGAAACCAUAUCGCGACAAGGGGAAAGCGGACCAACGCUAUAUGGACAAGAUUCUCCUAAAGUUACGGUGAUGGGGGACGUUUAUUUACCUGAUCCGAUUUACAGUUGCGAAAGUGAUACUUUUUAUGAUGUGCCUAGUGGGUCAAAAGGGUGGAUCGCCAUAAUUCAACGCGGCUACGAAUGUACUUUUUCACAGAAGAUCAAUGUUGCAGCCAGUAAAGGAGCUGUUGCUGCUGUAAUUUUCAAUGGUCUUGGUACAAACAAUACAGUCAUCCAAAUGUCGCACCCAGGAACAGGAGAUAUGGUUGCCAUCAUGAUUAGUCACAGACGGGGCAUGGAAAUUGUUGAGCUGAUCAGGCAAGGGAUUCCAGUCUCGAUGACCAUUGAGGUGGUCAAGCAGCAUGGUGUCUGGAUGAGCCACUAUUCUGUGUUCUUCGUCUCCAUCUCCUUCUUCAUGAUAACAGCAGUAACUGUUUGCUACUUCAUCUUCUACUCGGCCCGCCGCCUCAACGUCGUUCGUCUACAAAACCUUCAACAGAAACAGCUGAAGGCAGAGGCCAAGAAAGCCAUUGGUCAGCUGCAAGUCCGGACCGUGAAACGGGGAGAUAAGGAGACUGGGCCUGACGCUGACACCUGUGCAGUAUGCAUUGACGUUUACAAGUCUGGCGACGUGCUGACCAUUCUCACCUGCAAUCAUUUCUUCCACAAGACCUGCAUUGAGCCCUGGCUAAUGGAGCAUAGGACCUGCCCCAUGUGUAAAUGUGACAUACUCAAGGCCUUGGGAGUAGAGCAGCCGGAAGAGGACCAGCCCAGUCAUCAGUUGACCAUGCAUCCAGACAUGACGUCCUACCCCAGGGUUCUAGUCCCAGAGGACACCCGCAGUGAGACAGCCUCCGCAGGCUAUGCUUCUGUACAAUGCACAGAGGAGCACAGCAGCCCAGCAGAUGAGACCCACGUGUAUGAGACAUUGGGGCACCAUCCUGGUCCAGGAUCAAUCGAGGUGGACAUCUUCCAGCCCCAUUAUGACAACCUCGCCUUUGAGGGCAACUCAAGAAACCAACGGGAACCCCUGACAUGAAUGGGAUGCUCACUCUAAGCACUAGACCUUGGCUAAUGGGACUUGGGCCACAAUCAAUUACAUUUGAAGAUGUUUCCUGUGGUCAUGAAGCAAGGGAAACCAGGAAUGUGGGUCUGAUAUUAUUCAUAGGGAAUGAGGGCUUGACAGAUAUAUGCAUAUCAAUUUACAUGAAAUUGAUGAGGCAAUCCUUCGAUGCACUAGUCUGAGUUUGGAAAUGGUACUGUCCAGUUUCAUUCUGAUUUAAUUGUACUUUUUAUAAUAUGAUUUGAUGUUUUUUGAGGCUUAAUUACAUCAGUCAAUGUAUCACUUCAUCAG